AUAAACGGUGAGGGAGUAUCGGUUGGUUGUCAGUAAAGAUUUAGCUUCUACAAAGUGUUGACUCAAGUGGAAUCGUUUAAGUAAACAUUAUAGUGUUCUAGGCUUUGUACCAAAUUCAUCAAUAUACCAAAGAUAUACAAAAUGGUUGCAAUCAGAUUCGUUUCCUUGUGUGUGAUGUUGGCUGUUGUCGCUUUUGUAACAGCCAUUCCAGCACCGCAAUUUCAACAACCCAGACAGGUGGCACCAGGACCCCAGCCGAAAAAUAUUAAUCCGGAUGCUGAACAACUUGAGGGUAGUAACGAUGAAAAAGAUCUGAAGGCAUCUGCAUCGUACGGUUACGGUUACUAUGGUGGUUAUCCUUAUGGUGGAAUUGGAUAUGGUUAUCCUUCUUACUCGUAUUCGUAUGGCUAUCCUUCGUAUGGAUUCGGAUAUUAUGGCCACUCUUAUCCCUACUACCGUGGAUAUGGAGGAUUAUAUGGUGGAUACUACUACUAAAUAAUACUUUUAAAAACGAAGACCAUCACCAUUUCCGAGUUAUCGCAAGUUAUCUCAUUUAAUUCUAAGUUUUCAUUUUUUUUGUAUGUGACAAUUAUCAGCUUCCCGUUUUGAAUCAACGAUGCCAUUCAUGGUCUUAUUAAUGCAAGUGUGAAAUGAAUAACUUCGUUUUUAUAACAUCAAUUUUUAUAAUAAACUUCUUUAUUCGACAAUAAAAACUGAUAAAAAG